GGCCCCUCCUUGCCGUUUGCCCUCCCUGCUCCUCAAGGAACCUCUCCAGGAGCAGCCGAUUCUCACCGAGGCCUCCGAGUCUUCCUGCUCGCUGGAGCCUGGUUCCGCUUCUGUGUCUGGUUCAAGUUCUGGCUCCGGAUCAGACCAGGAAAAGCUGGGCCUUGCAGUCAGCAGUUGGACGCAGCAUCUUACGCGGAUGAGCAGAUCGCGGAGAAAGUUGCGUUCCAUGCAGCGGAGACGCCGCAGAUGUCAGUGCCACAUGUGAGGGACCCGGUGCAGAAUGAGGAUGGAAACGCAAGACUGACAAACAAUUGUCGCCCGGAGGUAUCGAGGAGUGUUCGACGGGGGGCAGUGGCCGCAUUCCUAUUCAUGGCAUUCGUUUCAGACCUGUUGAUGGUGCAGGAAAUGAAGGUAACUGAACGGGGGGGGGGGGGGGGGGCAACAUGGGACAGGUGGCCCUGAUGAGAAGAGGUGAAUAAUGACGUGGAAAUGCUGAGCUGAGUGAGUAUAGUGGCUGGGGGAGAGAAGGAGGAGUAGGUGGAUGAGGAGGAGGAGCGAGCAGGCUAAAUCCUCACCCUAUUAUUAUCCAGACUCACAUCCUCCUGUGAUGGAGCGCACGGAGACGAGAUGAAAAGGUGAAACGAGCGGGAUUACGGCACCACCCAACUCUCCAACCCUCCCAAAGAUAAAAGAAAAGGAAAAAAAAGAGAAGAAAUCAACAGGGUGAGGACCUGCAAGUGCCUCGCACUUUUCCCUCUGACAUCUGGACCAGCUUUGCCUUCGUAUGGUUGCCAACUCUCAUUCUGUUUUUAUCUGGUCUUCAGGAAGCUCGUCAUCCUCUUUGUCCCUGCGGAAUACAAGUAGGAGAACUUUUUCCUAGACCCAAACCCCAGGGAGUUCAGUCCGAGCCGGGAAAGGGGGAUGCGCAUCGGGAGAGCCGAGAUGGGAAGGCAACGAAGUUGUUAACCCGGAGUCUUCCUCUUGAGAUCCUCGCUCCUAAUCUAUAUCCCGCCGUGCAUUUCCUCAUCCUGGGAUUCACACACUGAUGUCCUAUAUGCACACUGUAGAACAUGCACAUAGCAAGUGACCGCACUCCCUUGUAAGGACGUUAAAGUUGGGAAUCGCGAGGUCCAACAUCAGAUCAUCUGCGAAGGGAUCGGCGUCGUGGGGAUGGAGUGUCGGGAGUUAUUGCUGGAUGGCCGUGUGAACCCCAGGAAGUAGGAUGCCAACAUGGCCUCUCCAAGGGGAAACAGUACACCUUCUCCCUGGCCCCCGCUCUUCUUCAUCCUCCUCAUUGCAUCUCAGAGAACCCUGCACGCCAGGCCCCUUCUCCUGCACUCGUCCAUCAACGUGGCUGUGGUGUUCAGUGGCUCCAGCUAUCAGAGCGAGGUGCGAGGCCGGCUGAGCGGCGAGAACUUUGUGGACCUACCCGUGGUGGUGAGCCCUGUGACGGUGCUGGUCAAUGACACCAAUCCACGCGACCUGCUCACCCGCCUUUGUGACACCAUGGCGACGGAGAAGCUGCAUGGUGUGGUGUUUGAGGACGAUGUUGGAUCGGGUGCCAGCACACAGGUGACCGAGGUGGCGCAAAUCCUGGACUUCCUAUCAACGCAGACGGCUCUGCCCAUUGUGGGCAUCAGUGGCGGCUCGGCGGUGGUCAUCCCAUACAAGGCGGAAGGAUCGUCGUUCCUGCAGAUGGGAGCAUCUCUGGAGCAGCAGGUCCUCUGCAUGUUCAAGAUCAUGGAGGAGUACGACUGGGGCGAGUUUGCCAUCAUCACCAGCCUGCUGCCGGGAUACGACACAUUUGUGGACAUCGUUCAGGCCUACACGGAUACGUCCUACUUCAUGUGGGACCUCCAGGAUGUCCUGACCAUGGAGAUGUCCGUCGGGGCCAACGACAUGAGGACCAGGCGCAUUCUGCAGCAGGUGGACUCCCAGGUGCUGCUGGUGUACUGCUCCUUUGAGGAGGCCCACUUUCUUUUCAGCCAGGCGCUUGAGGUGGGCCUGGUGGGGCCGGGCUACAUCUGGAUCCUGCCCAGCUCGGCUGUGGGCAACCCAGAGGUGCCGCCGCCCGCCAGCUUUCCCGUGGGCGUCAUCGGCGUCAUCACGGAGCAGUGGCGCAAGAGCCUGCGGCAGCGUGUGCGCGAGGGCGUCGCCAUCGUGGCCAAGGGCGCCGAGAGCUUCAAGAAGCAGCACGGCUUCAUCCCGGAAGGACACGGCGACUGCAGCAAGCCCGCCAAAAACUCCGGCACCAACGCUCUCUUCAGGCACAUGCUGAAUGUGACGUGGGAGAGGAGGGACCUGUCAUUCAACAGCAGGGGCUUCCUCUCCAGCCCUUCUAUGGUUAUCAUCGCCCUGGACCGAGAGAGAGUGUGGGACAAGGUGGGCACGUACGGCCGAGGCAUCCUGCAGGUCCGCUACCCCGUGUGGCCGCGCUACGGCAACUUCCUGGAGCAUGUGACCGAUGACCGUCACUUGACCGUGGCCACACUGGAGGAGCACCCCUUUGUCAUGGUUGAGAACGUGGACCCCGGCACGGGCACAUGCGUCCGCAACACGGUGCCUUGCAGGCGACAGUCCAAUCACUCUGAGAGCAUCAUCGGCCACUCGGAGUCGUACACCAAGUUGUGCUGCAAGGGCUUCUGCAUCGAUAUCCUGAAGAAACUCUCCCGCACCAUUAAAUUUUCCUACGACCUCUACCUGGUCAACAAUGGCAGGCACGGCAAGCUAGUACGUGGGACCUGGAAUGGUAUGAUUGGUGAGGUUGUGUACAGACGCGCCGACAUGGCCAUCGGCUCGCUCACCAUCAACGAAGAGCGCUCGGAGAUCAUCGACUUCUCCGUGCCGUUCGUGGAGACGGGAAUCAGCGUCAUGGUCGCCCGCAGCAACGGCACCGUCUCCCCGUCCGCCUUCCUCGAGCCGUACAGUCCGGCCGUGUGGGUCAUGAUGUUCGUCAUGUGUUUGACGGUAGUGGCCGUGACGGUGUUUGUCUUCGAGUACUUCAGUCCAGUCGGGUACAACCGUAGCCUGGUGAGCGCCAAAGCUCCAGGCGGCCCCACCUUCACCAUCGGCAAGUCGGUGUGGCUGCUGUGGGGCAUCGUGUUCAACAACUCGGUGCCCAUCGAGAACCCCAAAGGCACCACCAGCAAGAUCAUGGUGUUGAUCUGGGCCUUCUUCGCCGUCAUCUUCCUGGCUUCGUACACCGCCAACCUGGCCGCCUUCAUGAUCCAGGAGCAGUACAUCGAUACUGUGUCGGGGCUCUCCGACAAGAAGUUCCAGAAGCCGCACGAGCACUACCCCCCCUUCCGCUUCGGGACGGUCCCGAACGGCAGCACCGAGCGCAACAUCCGCAGCAACUACCCCGACAUGCACACACACAUGAUGAAGUACAACCAAAAGGGGGUGGAGGAGGCGCUUGGCAGCCUCAAAACGGGAAAGCUAGACGCCUUCAUCUACGACGCGGCCGUGCUCAACUAUAUGGCGGGAAAGGAUGAAGGCUGCAAGCUGGUGACCAUCGGCAGCGGCAAAGUGUUCGCCACCACCGGCUACGGCAUCGCCCUGCAGAAAGACUCACGCUGGAAGAGGCUCAUCGACCUGGCGCUGUUGCAGUUCCUCGGCGACGGUGACACGCAGCGCCUGGAGACGGUGUGGCUCUCAGGAAUCUGCCAGAACGAGAAGAACGAGGUGAUGAGCAGCAAGCUGGACAUCGACAACAUGGCGGGCGUCUUCUACAUGCUGCUGGUGGCCAUGGGCCUCAGUUUGCUGGUGUUCGCCUGGGAGCACCUGCUAUACUGGAAGCUGCGCCACUCGCUGCACAAGUCCCACAAGCUCGACUUCCUGUUGGCCAUCAGUCGGGGUAUAUACAGCUGCUUCAAGGGCGUGGAGGAUCACGGCCGUUCGUCCGGCCUGGCCAAACCCGACCUGACAUCCAACUACGCCCAAGCAAACAUGUUGAAGAUGCUACGCACCGCCAAGGACCUGGUCUCCACCGCCAAUGUGGAGAGCUCCCUGGACAACGCCACCAAGACGAUCGAGCACUUCAGCCGGCACAGUGGUGGUGGCUUGCCGGUCCGCAUCCCCCAUGUCCCCGCCGAAACGGUCCCUGGAGGCUUUGUGUACAUCACCGAGAACCACGCUUCUUUCCCUCAGCAUUCCAUCUCCCCACAGAGGAAUGUUAGCAGACCCACGCCACUGCGCUACACGCUCCCAACACACUCUACUUCCUGUCUGUAUGAGCGCCCGCUUCCCGUCUCCAGUCUCAGCAGCCCGCACCUGGCGGUCAGUGAAACGCUCCCCCAUCAGCAUCCUCGCCACUAUCAGACCACCGGAAGACUCUAUGUAGACACCCACCCCCACUCGAGGUUCAUCUCGUACACUGACCUGCAGCUCCCUGACAUCUACACCUCUCAUCCCGCCCCCCUGGCCCAAAAUCAGCACGCAGAGGGGGGCAUCCACCAGAGAAAACUGAGGUCCAAAAGCUUCCAGUGCGGGGAUGGCGACGCGGAGAGAAAGAAGUUCAGGGAUGGCGAGAAGAACAAAAUCUGCCUCAGUGAGCUCAAAGCUAACAACCUCCUGGGCAACCACAUCUCUGCCCCCAGUGUGGAGAGCAUCUACUCGGUAGAGGGGACUUGUCCUCCGGUGGAGAACUACAGAUCCUGGCCUCCGGAGGACCUCAUGCUGAAGGGAAGACGUAGGCGCCGACGCCCCUCAUUCCUGAAAGCAACGUGGGGCAGUGAGCAGAUCCACCAGCUGCACGAGUCCCAGUCAUCCCUUUCCAGCCAGUCUCCCUCCACACUUCCUGACCUCUUCCCAUGCAUCCUCACGCCAACCUUUGCCGCCAAAGCCCACAACCCAGCCCACCUCCGGAACAACCUGUGCCUCCCGCGGAACCAGGCCUACCUCCACAUAAGAGAGGAUCACAGGAGGCUUGCUGGUCGUAAAGGCCAACGGCUGAGGUACUCCCAGUCCUCACAUCUCCCAACAUAUGGUGAGGCGGUUCGCCACGGUGCUGGGUUAGGGCGGGGGAUGGUACGGAGAGCUACCAGCCUGCUCAGCAAACAGUACGCCCACUACCUGAACUCCUAUCCUGGGCUGCCACUCUACCACUCACCCCUCGACCUGCAAAACCACAACCAGGCCUCAGGCAGUCACGCACCAGCCAGCCCCGUAUGCCAGCUGCUGGCCUGCGGCGGGGGCCCAUGCGGGGGUCAGCGGGGCUUGCUAUACCAGGACAGCGUGUAUGGAGCUUACGGGAUCUGUCAGAGCUCCCAGACUGGAUCGGAGAAGCAAGGAAGUCAGGGAGGAGUUGGCCAGGCAGCAGGGAGCCCCUGCGUACUCCGGCCCUGGAGACGGGUGUCCAGUUUGGAGUCGGAGGUGUGAACCGAUAGAAACCGAGGAGAAUUUACACCUGACCACUGUGGAGAGGGUUGGCUUAUCUGGAUUGGCGUAUCUAAAAUGGAUGCGAACAUACGCACUGGAGGUCGGGUUCUUUUGGUUGUGCGUUUCGUGUGGACUAAAUUGUCCGUGGUGUUGCCGCGUGGUCCAAGUAUAACCAGAAUUGUCAUGCUGUGAUGUUUGUAGUGUAUAUAUUUUACUGUGGAUGGGAUUCAAACCCCGGUGUCAUGUCGCCAGCUGUGAGGAGAUAGCGCCGGGGAUUAAAGGAUCACAUCUUUCCAAACUGUCACCGAAAACAAAAAGGAACACAAAGCUGCUCUGCUGCAACGCGUCAUGAAAGAAUGCACAUGUGAAGAGUUCAGAAAAUAUUUGACAGCCCAGAACUUUGCUAGGGUGACAUAAUCAGUGUGAGACAUCUGCAAAGGUAGCUCUCUAUUUUUAUAACAUUUUACUGUAGACUAUUGUCAUAGAAGAAGAAUCGUACAGAUUUGUUGGUAGGCUAGCUUGUUUGUUAGCAGGAUUACGCAAAGAUUGCAUCCCCGAUUUCCACUAAAUUUUGCAGAUGGGUGCCACACAGGUCCCGAAAGACUCUGUUAAAUUGAUGGCGGAGUAUUAAUUUUCCCCAGGCUAAAAAUGAGAACCCCAAAUCCUAACUGCUAACUUAUCCCCACUAACACUAUCUGAAGCCCAAAAAUUUUUCAUUCUCCCGUCUGUCUUAUCACAAAAUAAAAUAUGACCUAGUUGCGUCAUCCUCCAUUAACCAGGAAGUAACCCGCUAACAAACAAUCGUAGCGCACUUCAGUCAGUCGCGAGUUGAUCUGUUCUGAUCUGUCCUAUCUUAGCCCUGUUUUGACGUUAUGUACGUCGUCUUGCCAGUUGUCACCAGUUAGCCACGACCUAAUGACAUUAUCAACGCUUUUAGCAGCUAAAGAGCUCAGUAUUUCCCUCAGGGGUUGACAGAGACCAAAAGAAGUAAAAGGAACGAAGCUCGAGGAGGUUGGACACAAACUGGUUGAACUAAAGGAACAACAUUUUGCCAACUGAUGUAACACGAUGCAGCUCUACUGCCACCAAAUGGUCCCCCCCAAAAAUUGGGGGGAGAUGAAAACCCACAGAAGAUGGUUUGGGAACCCAGUCCACAUGAACACAAACUGCAAGGAUGGUUUCUGGACAGCACUGACCAGCACGAGGUGUCUUAUUCAUUCAACCAUGGGCUCUUCAGUGGAUCUCCAUGUGGGGCCACAACACAGCACAGAGAACACACAAGGGCCUCACGAUAGUAAGAAUAUGUAUCCGGAAAUGUUAUCUGAUAAGAAGAAAAUGUGUUCUUUGAGUGUCAUUCAUAUAAACUUCUUAGGAUAGGAAUUUAUAGUCACUCACCAAUUUUCUAAUCACGUUUAUGGCACAUUGUGUCAAGCUACAGUAGCGUAUUUGUUACUAUUGUACUAAUGCGAUCAGUUAGCCGACUAGGAUUUUCAUCGCCCUCUCUUUUCCACUCUUUUGUAUUCCCUCGUUGUCCCUGCUCCUCACCUGCCCCCCACCUCUAAUUGCUUAAUUAUCAAAUUUUAACUGAGGUGAUUGAAAGCUAUUACACUAUCUAUAUUACCCAUUGGCCUCACCCUGUAAUUCGUCACUUCGACCAAUUAAACAGCCUUUUUGAUGACUACAAAUGCAUGUCAAUUUUUUUGGAAAUAGCCCUAUAUCUUGAUUCAUGUCAUCAGUUUAAGUGAGCGGUUGUGGUUGUGAAUUGGGUUGAUGUUACGAUUUGAGGUUGGGACUCGGGUCAGGUCAGCGUUUAAGGUUUUCAUUCGGGUU